AUGGAAAGAGAAGUAGCGGAUUUGCGAGCGCAACUCGGUUUUGGCGCCGAGUCGGUUCGCGUGAACGCUUUCGCGAAUGUGGUCAAAAAUUUGGAGCACAAAGAUGAGAGAAAAAAGAAAGAAUACCAUCGACUCUUUUGGCAGUGCGUGAACGAGUACGGCGACUACAUCUCGUCGCUGGCUGAAAAGAUAAUCUCAUCUCGUCUCCAAUCGAGCGCUUUCAGCAAUGAGGCGGUGAUUACCGAGAUGAUGGCGAUUUUUUCCGCAAAAAAGCCGGGAUCGAGAAGAAUUUUGCGGUUUCUCUUGCAUCAAAAUGGAGAUUUGUCAAGAAUCUGUGCUCAAAUCUACUCGAGAGUGCCCGAAAUGCUUGAUGAGAUGAUUGAGGAAAUGAAAGGAAUCGAUUGGGAAAGAGCCCGACCUGCCGUGCUCUCAUUUUUGUGCAUGGAGACUUUAUCAGAAAGUCACAGAGUGAUUCUCGCAGAAUAUCUUCUCGAAAAAGAGACCGAAAAGGCAUCUCCACUCUUCGUGUUGACGCUGAAAAGAUUUCUCCCACAAUCAUUUCUUCGCCGUUUACCCCCAAGUCAACUGGUUUACGAGCAUUGUAUCAAAGAGGGAACAUCUUUAUCCGUCACAUCACCCGUUCAUUUGAUGUCAAGAGCCAAGCAGACACUUUGCCAACCGAAUCUUUUGAAAAUCGCUGAAGCUCAUCCCUGCAAUUUGCCCGUUUUCCUCACCCUCGUUGCUUCAAUCGGGGAGUUGGCAAAAGUCGCUUCAGAGCUUGUCGAUCGAAAUGUUUUGGAUCAGGUUAAACAAUUGAUUCUCGAGAUUCAAUCGUGGAGACCAACAUUUUUGAUUGCUAAAGAUGAGGGCCAGUCGAUCACCAAUUUCGACUACUUUGAACGGGUUGUCGGUGACGGGGAAAGUCUGACAGCUUAUUUUCAACGUUGGCUUAAAAUGAAUGAAUGGGAAAUCAAUGAUGAUUCGAUUUCUUUUCUCAUUGGAGCGCUCGCCUUUGUGAAACAAGAUGAGCACUCUAUGGUUUUUCGGUUACUCGAAGAGUUUUGUCGGCGAAAAGCGGAAUUUACACCGAUUUCGAUCCUUUGUCUUCUCACGAUUUACAGUCGUCCAUGGUUUUCCGUGUCAAAAGAGGCAAUUAUUGAGUGUAUCGGACGGGUGACGAUAGCCGCAAAGAAUACGCUCGUCGUAUCACCGGCACUGCGUUUUCUGCUAGCCGUUUGUCAAAAGGUAUCUUUGAUGAGAUCAAGUUUUUUGUGCAUGGUGAAACCGGAGGAUGGACACUCGCGGUGGACGGAGGCUCGCUUGGAGCUCGCUGCGACAAUUUGCAAACACAGUGAACUCUCGGACGAGCUCCUUCCAUCUCUAUCCACUCUUCUCACCAAGGGCGGCCCACUUCUCCCAGCGGUGCUCCGAGUGAUCAAAGUGCUUUGCGAAGAAGGGGUAUUCGAAAUCCCAGUGAUCGCCAAUCAAUCCCGAACCCGAUCCGUCCACGAUCCAAAAGCCCUCUCCGAGCAUGCAAGAAUUUUGGCGUUAUCUCGAGUUGAAUCAAAUCGACCACAAGAAGAGCUUGAUGAAGAGGAGGCGGAAAAUUUACAGAAAAAUCAGGAAUUCGCUCAGCAAGUCGCUCUGCCAGAGCUAUGGACGAUGACGGGUCAUUUAAGUGAAAUCGUUCGCGAUGCCGCUUUUGAAAGCCUUACAAAUUUCUCACUGGAAGAAAUCUAUGUUCACAUUGAUUCGAUCACGGAAAAUGAGAACGAAGAAGGAAAAACCGUCAAAAUGGAAAAGUUAUCCGACGUUUUGCUGGAUCAAGUUUUGGGCAAUGAUGUUGAAAGGAGUGAAGGUCUCACUAAAUUUCUCCACAGAGCUGUAGCUGAAGAUCUCGAGAGUUUGCCACGACCAUUGAUCAACGAAGACGAGGAUCCACUUUUUCCCACCACAUUUGCCAUUUAUGAAACAAAGCAAAAUGAGGAUGCCGAUUUGAAUUUUCUUUCGAUUCUCUCAAUCAUCCUCAAAGGGAUCCCCAUUGAUAAACGACCAUUUCUGGCGAAGAGAAUGCUCACGAAAUGUUUGAUACAGAUCUCAACUCCAAGCACCAAUUCGCCAGAUUUCCCCAAAUACCUUUCCGCUUGGCGAUCGUUGACGGAAACUUGUUUAGAGGUGUUCGCGAAAUCACAUCUCGAACAAGGAGAACCGUCGUUUACUUGGGCAAGGGAUCAACUUUGCGAAGAGCUUCGUCGUGCUCUUUUGCAAGCGGAAGACUCACUCUCCAAUGUGCUCACCGUGUUGAUCUACAUGGCAUUGAAGCUGAGUAAUGUUCACGAGAGCUCUUCAUCGAAUCCCUAUCGUCCGUGGUUGAUCUCAGUGAUCGAGUUCCUUUGUUUGGUUAAAGAUUGGAAUCACAAUCCACGAAUGAAUCCGAUCUUUCAAUGUGUUAUCAAGUCGAUAAGUGAAUCAAAGAAGCUUGCAAGGCUUGGAUUGAUGCUUUUCUCAAAGCAUCUUUUAAAAAGUGAUCUCUCAUUCUAUCAAGGCAAUUCGCUUGUCAAUGAUGAGCAAGCAAUAACCCGUGAAAUGUUCGGCAAUGACGGAGAAUGGGCAAUGUAUUUAAUUGAUGGAACAGCAACUUCAAGUGAAUCAACAAUGGUCUCAAGGGAGAAGAGUACUUUGAUUGGUUAUUCCCUCGGUUUGGCGCCGAUGACGCUCGAGGUGGAGGCAAAUAAAACGACAAAUCCCUCUCUUCAAAUGCCAAAAUUUGAAUCAAUCGAACACGUGGACACAGUUCAUCAAAUUUUCAAUCAUUUAUCCGAAGUGGAUAGUACUUGUUUUGAAGCAAAUCGGAGAAAAGUAAAGAAAGCGUUGGAAAUGGUGAUCAAGAAAAAAGACGUGGAAAUGGGGAAAGCGGUUUGGAAAGGUCUAUCUUCGUAUUCUCUAUCACAAUGUGAUCGAGUUUUGUCGAAACUUCCACUCGACUACGCGGCGUUGCCAGAGAAUAGCCUGUUGCGAGCCGUCGAGCGGAGGAUACGAGUGAUCACCACCCCCGCGAAGCGUGAUGUCUUGUUGAAGUCACUGACGAAUCAAUGCCGGAAAAAUGAUGGUCGAAACCUUCCUCCAAUCGACAUCUCACAUCUCAUUUCUUAUGCCAAUGAUGUCACUUCGUGGAUUACCGUUUUUCAAUUGGCUGUCCAACAAAAACACUCAACAUUGAUUGCAAGAUUGAUUUCUCGAAAAUCUGCACUAAAAAUUGAAGCCGAUUUUACGGUGAUAGAGACGUUGGCGAAGAAUUUUGAAGAAUUUCACGGAUCGAUCCCGGAAAGGAGUCAGCGGCAAGUGGCUAAUCACUUAUUGAAUCAAUUGGAGUCAAUUGAGUCGCAGAAUCGAGAAAUCCUUUCAGAGAGAAUCGGCGAAUUGUCGAAGAUUCCGAUUUUCUGCCAAGAACUCACAACUUUCCUCACCAAACCGACGAGUUGUUUGGAGAUCGAGAAGGCAUUGUGGAAAACGAUCGAGGGAAAAGCGAAUCAGCAAAUCAUCGGGGAUACAUUUUUGGGAACAAUCGUCGCUUGUUGGCUCGAGUGUUCCAAAGAGUCCCGGGCAUUGUCGAUGGGGAAAAUUGUCGAGAUAUUGAGAGGAAGCACAAAAAGUCAGAGUCAAACGAUCGCUUGUCUAAUUGGGGAUCGUUGUUCUUUGAUGUCUUUUCCUCAAAUGAUUUUGAUCUUUUCCGAUGCCUUGACCCAAGCAAAAGUUCUUAUCGCUAAAGGAGACAAGCCAGUUUUGCUAUCAUUUUGGCCGAUUAUCGUUUCAUUGAUCGUUUCGAUUCCAUCUCCGAUUCCUUUCCAAUUUGUUCGAGAGGAUGAUGAAAAAACGGUGGAACUUGCAGCUCGACGAGUCCAAUAUCAUCUCGAUUUUCUUCUGGCUAGAGACGAGUUCGCUUCGUUGAUUGAACCGUUGGCGAGUUAUCUACUGACAAUUAUCCCAGAUCUUCAACCGCCACACUUGCAAGGAGCUAAAGAUUGCUUUCGCAUGCUACUCGGCAAGCGCUCACUUCCACAAAUCGACAACGACGCCAAGUGGAGAAUGCUGUUCGCA